CAGGCUCCACAUCCACCACGACAUCCAACCCACCAGCCAGACUACCAUGAGCUCAAGUGCAAAGCGCAGGUCCAGUACAGCAGCCUCCGUCUCAUCAACACCUCAAAAGCAACUCACCUUGCUUCAAGCCUUUUCAAAUUCAAAGCGACCGCGCAUCAAAGAGGUACUCCAAUCUUGACCACAAAUAAGAGUAUGCUGACGGACAAGCCGAUGCAGGUCGAUACAGCCAAGACACCGAUCGUACAACCUCAGUCAGGCGAUAAAGCACCCGUCAAGAAACUCACAAUCAAGAAUCUACAAAUAAGUGGGUCACAAAGCAAAGACGAUGCUGUCUAUGACGCAACCUUUUUAAAGCUCGAAAGCGCGCUCGGCCGUUUGUUGCAAGGUGAAGAAAUUACCGGCCUGCAAGACUUGUAUCAUGGCUGUGAGUUGCUUGUCCGAGGCGGUCGCUCAACGCAAUGUGAGGAGCUUGUACGCAAGCAAUUGACACGUAAAGCACAGGCAUUGCAGAGGGAGAUUCUACCACGCUGCCAAAGUCAGAAUGCCAUGGACGUGUGUACCUUGAUGGUAGAUACUUGGCACACGUGGUGUAGGCAAGCGAAUCUCGUGCGCUGCAUCUUUUGGUACCUCGACAGACGCUGCAUGUUGGGUGUCGAGGCGAUCGAUGAUCUCGCCACGCGUCUCUUUCGCGAACAUGUCCUUGAUGAGGCAGUCUUGGGCAACUUCUCAGCAGCCCUUAAUGCACUGUUUGAUGAAGACAGGCAUGCCGGUAUACGGCGCGGGCCGAGACAUACAAUCGAGUUGGCAUCCGUCAAAAUGUUGCGGGAUACUGGACGUCUGUCGGCUGGCUUUGAUAGCCACGUUCAUCAUCUUCGGCCGUACCUCGAGCAAUUCUCUGCAAAAGUCUAUGAAAUGGAUGCCGGUGCAUAUUUGCGAAAUGUCGAUGGACUCGAGAAGAGUGAGCGCAAUCGAGCAGAAGAUUACUGGUCCAGUGAAUAUACUCGUCCGGUUUCUAUGUUGGUCCGAGAGAUUAUGGUAUACAAUGUUGAAGCUCAACUACUCAAGGGCGUGGAGGGACUCUUUCGUGCACGCGACCUCGAUGGCUUCAAACUGGCAUAUGAAUACAUCAGCGAAUCAGACGAGCGGCCACGCGGCCGUCCUGCGUUACUUCAGAACUGGGCAACACUCAUCAAGCAAGACGGUGUACGACUCAUGGAAUCUGACAAUCUGGUCGAGACGCUGCUGGACUUCAAACGCGACAUGGAUGAGAUUUGUCUGAAGAGUUUUGGUGGCGAUGAGCAGGCGGUCAAGUUGCUGCGGGAGCAGUUCAAUGUCUUUGUCAAUAGCAAAGGGGACCGACCUGCAGAGUUGAUUGCCAAGUAUGUGGAUUCAGUGCUGCGGCAAGGCAACAAGAAGUUUGAUGAGCAAACACUCGAGGUGAGGAUGGAUCAGUUGCUGGACUUGAUUCGCUUUAUCGCAAGCAAGGAUGUGUUUGAGGCAUUCUACAAGAAGGAUCUCGCAAAACGCCUGUUGCUCAACAAGUCUGCGAGCAAUGACGCUGAAGCCUCACUCCUCAACAAGCUCAAGAUUGAGUGUGGUGCACAAUUUACCCAGAACCUCGAAAACAUGUUUAAGGAUAUCGACUUGUCGCGCGACUUUAAUCGGAAGCUGCAAAACAAGCAGCUUGAUGUGAUGGUCAUCUCACAAGGUUCAUGGCCGACGUACGCCGAUGUCAAGUGCAAGUUGCCGGAUGCUAUGCAGCAGGAACUCGAUGCCUUCGGAGCAAUCUACGGCAAGGCACAAGCUGGUCGUAAGCUCAUGUGGCGGCACACACUGGGACAUUUGCAGGUGAAGGCACGCUUUGAUGCUGGCGAGCGGGAGUUGCAGGUUUCUAUGUUUCAGGGUCUGGUGUUGCUGCUAUUCAACACUAGCAAGACAUUGACGGUGGAAGCGAUUGGCGAGGCGACGGGUCUAGAGCAAGGCGAGCUGCAUCGAACACUGCAAUCUCUCGCGUGUGGUCGUCCCGAGACGCGUGUGUUGCUCAAAGCACCCAAAGGCAAAGAGGUCAAUGCCGGUGAUAAGUUCAUGGUGAAUGAUGGCUUCAAGAGUGCGAAACGCAUCGUCAAGAUCAAUCAGAUUCAGAUGAAGGAGACGAAGGAGGAGAAUCAGGCGACGAUGGAUCGUGUGGACCAGGACCGUUCGUUUGAGAUUCAAGCUGCGACGGUGCGGAUCAUGAAGGCUGCGAAGAGGAAGACGCACGCUGACUUGAUUAGCAGUGUGAUUGACACGAUCAAGGGCCGUGGUACGCCGAAGGUUGGGGACAUCAAGAAGGCGAUUGAGAAGCUGAUUGAGCGGGAGUUUUUGAGUCGGCAGGACAAGGAGUAUGUGUACGAGGCGUAGCUGUCUAGUCUAUCUACUGGGAUAUAGUCAUCCAUUACUAGUA